AUGUCCGAUAUGUCAGAAGCAAGUGCCAAGCAUUUUGCGAGAUCUAUCAUUCCCCUCUAUCAUAAUGCCUGCGUCACAAUUCGAAUCAGCUCUAUUGAGUACAAAUACAAAGUUUCGAAGGAUCUUCUUUGCAGGGAAUCUACAUAUUUCUCAGCAAUGUUCGAGGACAAAUUUAAAGACUUCGAAGCUUUCUUACAAUGGCUAUACCUCGGCAAAUUCAAAUUCGAUUUGGAUGAGCCUGAGCACCAUAUCGCAGCCACAAUCGAGCUGGCCCGGUUUGCAGAUAUGUGCAAUGUUACUGGAAUGCAAAUUCAAAUCGGUCGAUAUCCCAAAGAUAUCCUGAUCGCCAGCCCCUGUCCUGACUAUGAGGGUGGGGGCGGUGUCGACACCUAUUGCCUCACAUCCCAGGACAUCAUUUCGGCGACUUUCUUGCCUCAAGGGCACGAAAUUCGUCGCAUUCUAGCUGCAGCAACAUUGAGCGGAUACCUUCUUUGUGAAAAUCACAAAUUUGCGGAGGAGGCUAGAGAAUAUCCCACCUAUGGAUUUGACCUUCUCCAAGAAGUAGGAUUGGCCUUAAAGGGGCUGAGAUUUGACCGUAAAAGAGUCAUUCAUAAAUAUCAUCUCACCGGUGACAAUCGCAACAUCUACCAAUUUCGUUCAUUAUAG